AUGGUCGUUAGCAAUUUGUUGUAAACAAAAGUGAAUCUUUUAAAAACACUUAAGGUUUUUCUUUGCUUGUGUUUAAGAAUGACCUAGUAUUUUAAAACAUAAGUUUAUAAACACGGUAAUAUUAUAUAGCAUGCAUAAACGUUUUUUUUUCUGGAAAGUUAACUUUUGUGUAUAUUUUUUUUCAUCAAACGAAACAAGCAGAAAGAUAUCGCAAUGGAUGAUUCACCUACGGCUUCGCUGGAGAAUUUAAACAAGACGUUACUCAAAUUCUUGGAAUGUUCAGCAUGCCGGAACUUCAUGAAGACCUUCAUCUCGCAGUGCGACAAGGGCCACAACAUCUGUCCCCGAUGCUUGCCUAAGGACGAGCGCUGUCCAAACUGCAAGGAGAUAGUUCAAGCGAGGAACGUCGCCUUGGAAGCGCUGCGGGAAAUGGCAGUUUGUCCUUGCAGGAACGCGGCUGCAGGCUGCGACAGGAGGUUGUCGUACAGGGAAGAGGACGAGCACAGCUCGGUGUGCCCUCACCGGCUGUACGAGUGCCCCACGCGAGACUGCUCCUGGACAGGCAGGCGAACACAACUGCUCGAGCACGCGACGCGCGAACACGACGACCUGCUGUGGAAAUCCGAUUUUGUUUACAUUUCAGUUGUACGUCCAGUAAGUGUACCCGUGAAUACCUCGUCUGUCCAAACAGCAGUCGGACAUUACAAAGAGCAGCCGAGAGAAGAAGGCGUGGACGUAACUGAAGUGAUAGAAAUAGAAGAUGGAGCGGGUGAAGCAGAAAGUGUGGAUGUGAAAGCGGGAGUCGGCGAUGAGGAAGUCGAAGAUUGGAUGGUGGAAGAGAGGCAAUUUCAGAAGCUGGCAGGGACGCGGAACGGAAAAAAGAAAAUAUACGAUUACGUUGGAGUUGUGAAAUCUCACGACGAACUGUUCUGCUGCUUCAUCAGGUGUGAUAAUAGUCAGAAAUGUCUCAGCAUUGCUGUCGUGUGUGUGGGCCCAACGAAGAAGGCCAAGAAGUUCGCCUACAAGGUGAAGUUUUCGAAGAAAUGUUCGCCAGAAAUGACGACAACCUCCUCUCAGUUCACGGGCAAGGAAAAUGCCAAAGUUGACAAGCUAUUCAGCUCACCCCAGUGCGUUCAGUUUAGUUUUAGUUCCAUCCACAAAUAUUUCUUCAACGAUGAAAUACGAAUUCGCAUUGAAGUUAAAGAAUUGUGAUAAACUCUUAUAGCAAUCUAUUCUGAUGAAGUUUCGGCAAAAAUUUCUGAUUACUCUAUCCUGCAUUCAAAAAUGUAUUUCAUUUGUAUAAUAACAAAUUUUUUCUGUCAAUUAAAUUUUGCUUGCAAAAUUAAAGAAAUAGUUUUAGUCCUUUUAUAUAAAAUUUUGGAAGCAUUAGUACAUGAGAUAAUAGUACUGAAAUCUGAACUGUGUUAAUUUUUUAUAUCAGUUAUGUAUAAAUAUGUGAAAAUAUAUUAUUCUCUGAUGAA